AUGGACUGUGACAUCAGUGUAGAAGAGGGAGGGACUGUGGCCAGUGUACGAGCUGUAGCCAGAGGGGCUGAAGGGUCCGGGCCCGCUGAGGCCCAGAGGACAUGCGCUGCAAUGGAGAAGCUACAGCAGAAGAUCCUGAUGAUCACUGAGCAGAUCCGGGUAGAGCAGGAGGCACAGGAUGAUAAUGUAGCUGAGUACUUGAGACUGGCUCAUAAUGCCAACAAGCAACAGACUUUCCGUAUCAAACAUGUGUUCGAGAAGAAGAACCAGAAGUCAGCACAGACCAUCGCCCACCUGCACAAGAAGACUGAAGACUACCACAAAACAUUCAAAGAGAUACAGCAGCAUGGUCUGGGUGGCCAGCCUAAGGAUGUACAGCAGGGGGUGAAGGAUGUGGUGGUGGACGUGCAGCAGGGGCUGAAGGAUGUGGGUGCCAACGUACGCGCAGGCAUCAGUGGCUUUGGUGGAAGCGUGGUUGACGGGGUCAGACAGGGGUUAUCAGAACUCACCCAUGACGCCGCGGCGUCUAAGCCAAAGGACGUGGCAAGCUUGAUUAGCAACAAACUCGGCAGUGCAGACACAUUUGAGGAGGGUAUGGAGGGGAAUUCAGCUGACCCACCCCACAGGGCCUCCGUCGCUGUGGCCUCCAGCCUCAAGGACGGGACUGAUGACGAAUACUCUAGUGACUGUGCGUCGGACAGUAACUGCGCCGGGUCCGAGGCAGGAGGGGAAACGUUGGGGCUGGACAGGCUACAUGGGCACCGCCACCACAGCUCCUGGGACGCCCUGUUGGAAGGCCUGCAGGAGACCAAGGCCAGCCAGGCCCACAUGGAGGACGCCAUCGAGGACUUGAGGAGUCAGAUGCAGAGUGAAUACAUCUACGUGUUGCACUGUCUUCAGGAGGAAAGAUCCAGGUAUGACCUACUGGAAGGACAGUUGAAUGACCUUACAGAGCUCCACCAGAAUGAGAUGUCCAGUUUCAUACAGGAGCUGGCCAGCACGGAGGAGAAAGUAGCCUACCAGUCUGAUGAGCGAUCCAGAGAGUCUCAGGAGGCGGUGGAGUCAUGCAUGAACCGCAUCACAAAGUUAGAGCUACAACAGCAGCAUCAGCAGUCAGAGCGGGUGGAUAACCCCUACGCCCGUGCCCUGCUGGGCAAACUCAUCAAUGUUGUCCUGGCUGUCAUGGCCGUAGUGCUGGUGUUCGUCUCUACACCUGCCAACUUCAUCACCCCGCUCUUAAAGACCCAAACUCGGGGGGCUGCGACUGUCAUACUGCUCCUUAUUCUGUUUGUCCUCUGGAAACACUGGGUCUUCCUGGAGCUCUGGUUAUUUCCAGACUGA